AUGCAACAUAACCGGGUUUUUCAGAAAGACUCUCCGCUAGCUGUUGACAUGUCCACGACGAUCCUCAAGCUUGCUGAGACCGGGAAACUUCAGGAGCUACACGAGAAAGUGAUUCUAAACGCGGAGGAGUUGGAAACACGAACUUCAUUCAAUCGAGAGACAGAGAGAGAGGGGGAGGGACAGAGAGAGAGAAUGUUGCAGUACCCGGCGUUCAUGAGGCAGUAUCCGUGGUCGACGGGGAUGAUUCCGACGUCGUUUCUGCUCCCCGCCCAGUGGCCCCAACCCCACAACGACGACCUCCUCCUCGCCAUGGAAGAGUCCGAUUUCGAAGACAAGUGCAGUGAAAUCAGAAAGACAAAUAGCAACAUAAUUGUGAUCGGGAAAACAACAGUUGAUCACGACAAAGAAGACUAUGACAAUGAUGCAGAUGAUGAGGAAGCUGAUAAUGCAGAGGAGUCAGAAGGUGAUGAGUUUGAGUAAGAAAGUGCUAGUAAUUUCUUGCAGUUUUUAUCUGUUUCUUACUUAUCUUUGUCUAAAACAUAGAAGUUGCAUAUAUAAGGCAUUUGCAAGGCCUGCAUUAACUACCUUCUCCUUUGCCUUUAUAUCUUUGCAUAAACAAGGUUAUAUUGCGCGUAUUUGGCCUGUA